UUUUCUCUCCAGCUUCGUCCUUUCGCAUACCCUGUAUACACAUUAUUUCCCAAACAAAAUUCAGCUCUAGAAUGAAGGUAAAAGCGUUGAGCCGGAGCACAGAGGGGUAUACGCGCGAGACAAAGAACAGCAUCCACAAGAUGCCGCGCAACACAGACCCGUCACUGCACGGGUUCGAGCGGGCACGCGAAUACAAGCGCGCGCUGAACGCAGCCAAGCUCGAGCGGAUGUUCGCCAAGCCCUUCGUGGCCGGGCUGAGCGGACACAUCGACGGAAUCUACGCGAUGGGCAAGAACCCAUGGGACCUUGACAGCGUGCUGACCGGCAGCGGCGACGGCGAAGUGCGUCUGUGGUCGCUCUCGUCGCAGGAGACAGUGUGGCGGGCGGCCGAAGCGCACCGCGGGGCAGCCAAGGGCGUGUGCUAUGUGCCGGGCGGCAACACCGACCGGUUCCUGUCGGUGGGCGCGGAUAAAUUGGCCAAGGUGUGGAGCCGGACGGAGAGCGCGUACAUGCAUGAUGGGGUGACACCCGAGCCCGUGGCCACGUACCAGGGGAAGAGCGCCUUUAGCAGCGUCGCCCACCACCGCAACCGGCCCAUGUUUGCCACGGGCGCCAAUUCGGUCGAGAUCUGGGACGUGAACCGGUCCGAGCCGGUCACCAGCCUGGCGUGGGGCGCCGACUCGGUCAACGCGGUGCGCAUGAACCAGACCGAAGUCAACGUGCUGGCCAGCUGCGGCACCGACCGGUCGAUCAUCCUCUACGAUCUGCGCACCAGCUCGCCGCUGGCCAAGCUGGUGAUGACGCUCAGCACCAACGCCAUUGCGUGGAAUCCGGUCGAGGCCUUCACGUUCGCCACAGCCAGCGAAGACCACAAUGCGUAUAUUUUCGAUAUGCGCAAGAUGGACCACGCAAGCACAGUCCUCAAGGACCAUGUGUCGGCCGUCAUGGACAUUGACUAUGCGCCGACCGGCCAGGAGCUGGUCACCGGCGCCUACGACCGGUCGGUGCGGCUCUGGGACUUCUCCAAGGGCCAUUCGCGCGACAUCUACACCACCAAGCGCAUGCAGCGCGUGUUCUGCGUCGCCUACACCAUGGAUAACAAGUACGUGCUGUCAGGCAGCGACGACAGCAACCUGAGGAUUUGGCGCGCACGUGCGUCGGAGCGUGCUGGUGCCCAGUCGCAGCGCGAGCGCGGUGCUGUCGAGUAUGCCGAUAAGCUCAAGGACCGGUACAAGUACGUGCCGGAGGUGCGCAAGGUGCUGCGGCAGCGCAAUAUCCCCAAGGGCAUCAAGAGCGCCCAGCGCACGAAGAACCUGAUGCUGACGUCGCGCAAGAACAAGGAGGAGAACAAGCGCAAGCACUCCAAGCCCGGCUCCAUGCCGCGCGUGCCCGAGCGCAACAAGCCGAUCCUGGGCGUCACGCACAAGUAAAGAACUUCCCACGAGAUUGAGUUUUUUUUUCUGUGGCCCAAAAAAAAACUGCACAAGAGCGGAAAUUAUCUGCUUUCGCCAGAG